CUAUGAGGCCUCGUAGCAGGUGGGAUUAUGUUUGUUUAUUGUAUUGGUCAUUAAAUGUGUGUUGAGAUAAAAACAUCGCUACACUAGUGACCGAGAGAAAUGGCCGCCGUACCGGGUUAAAUAUUUUAUUUUUAUUAUUUUAUUAUGUAACUCUAUUAUUCAAAUUCAAACAAAAAUACAAUUAUUAAUUAUUGUACUUUAGUUGUGUACUUGAUCAUCAGAAAAAAUUAUUUACAAGCUAAAUAAUUUAAUUGUUUGUAUUCAGUUACAGCGAAUCGGUUCGUGCAUGUGUUAUUUUUCAAAAAAGUUUUUUCUUACCGUUUACUCAUUCGUGGAAUAUGAGAAAAUAAAAUAUACGGUAAAGUUGCUAAAUAAAUAUAUGGUUUUUUUUAGACUUGGAGUGAAGAGUGCCAUUCAACUAGAGUGUUUUUAGUGUUGAUUUGUGUACAUAUUUGUGUGUGUGAAUCGCGACAAUUCGAAUUUAGUUUUAUUCCCGAGGCGGUUGGAUUUAAUAAUUUUUUCGAUACCCCAAGGAUCCAUUUGAUUGAAAAAAUUUUAUACAGUAAUUGGAAAUAGUGGGUUGUCCAGGUACUCGAAGUUCGACGGUUUCCAACGACAUCCGGUGAAUAUAUAGUCUACUUUAUACUUAACGAUUGAGGAAAUGAAUCGUUACAUACAAAGGAAGAAGGCGUAAUACAGCAAAGUUUUAACGAACAUGGGUUCGAAAUCAUUUGAUGCAGAAUGUUUACGUAAGACUUUUGAACCAGUUAUCAAUCUGUGAAACUGUACUAACAUCGACACUUUUCAUCUCGCUCUGAAGAUCGAUACUGAAGAUGGUCCUCGUCAGAAUGUAAUCGUUAACAUCGAGAAAAAACUAACGACACUUUAUUAUUUAACUCUCAACAACGGAUUCAUUGUGUUCUCAUCGAUUUUAAAAUAUUAAAUGAAACCUAUUUGAACAAUGGAACGGAUUCUUCGAUUAAAAGUUUUAAUUAAAAAAUAUUUAUCAAGAAUCAGGAGUUCUGGAUGAUCAUCAACUUGUGGAAAUCAAACAUCGUUGAUUAAUACAAGAAGUACAAGUUGCUUAAAACAAACUAACAGAAAUGAUAUCAUAUGAAUUAAUGAGGAAGUUUGCAUGGAAAGAUCUUUAAGAGUAUCAAGUUUGUUUGGAUUCAAUCUUCAAUUCCACUCAAACACACUUAAGAAGUAAUAGAAGCUGAAUAAAGAGAUAUAAGUGGUCACGAAAUCAACCUCAUCUGUAACUCACUGAACACAGUCUAACUAACGUUAAACAAAAAGUUGAAUUGGCUUUAAGAUAAUUUAACUUUACGUUUGUCAUCAUUAUUAAGUCAACUGUAGUAUCUGUAGUAUUACAUUCGGCAAUAGUGAUAAAUUCAGUGAUAAACUUUAUUAUUAUUCUUACACAAACAAAUAUAAUAAUAAUAUUUUGUUUAAAAUAUUAUAAUUAUUAUUUACUACCAAUCGUUAUACAAAAACAAAGUAAAAAACGAGCUUUCCGGGUUGGUAAUAAACUGUGUGUGCUUGUACUGCAUUGUUGCACGAUAAAAAAGGAUAACAAAAAACAAAAAAAAGCGAUGUAAAGUGUAGUACGCAGAAGAAACGAGUAUACGGACCAGUGCAAGUUUCAAGAAAGUUCGAAGCCAAAGCGAUACUGUUUUGGCAACUAAGUUUCUUUGCGUUGUAAAGACAUUUUUACUUUGCCAAUAUUUCCGAGGCGAAUUUAUCGAUCGACGCAACGGAAAAAAUAAAAAAAAAUACUUAAAACAAGAAGCAAAAGUAAAUAAAUAUUAUCUCUCUCCCGUUAAGUGUCCUUAAGUUAAUUCGUCGUUCUAAACUAGAAAUAAAUAAAAUAAAAAUAAUAAUAGUCAUUAUCACUAUAGUAAAAAAAUAAAUUGUAAAAAUAUUGUAAUGAGACUAGCGAGUGAUUUUCCAUGGUAAAGAAAAAAAAAAUAAUGAAGACGUGUAUGAAGACGUCAAGGAGAAUGAUUACACGAUUGAUCGUGUUAUUUCUCUUCAGUACGAAGCUCACACAUGGAUCGAGAGAAGGUGAUUUCAACAGUCAUGUAUAUAAUUCGGAUCUCACGCCGCUAGAUAAAAAUAUUGCUGCGAUAUUUAAAAAAGGCACGCACAAUUCAAUAACAACAAAACGUAGUUUACCAACAUAUGAAGCUCAAAUAUCAGAUAGUUCAACAUUGUCAACAGUACCAUCGCCAUUGACAACAACGGCAAAUCCAUUGCUAUCAUCAUUUCGAUAUCCAGUUCCUCGAGUUACUGUACCACCAGCAUUUAGAGAAUUACCAUCUUAUGCGCCACCCUCGAGAGCCCCUUUUACACCUCCUUUACCCCCAGAGUAUCUUAACCCCUUUGCUGAUAAGCCAACUCUUCGGGGAACAAACUCUGAAUCGCAUUCAGGCGUAAGAAGGCCAAUUCCCCCUCCCAGUUUAACGCCAGCGCAUGAGAGAAUACCCAUAAGGCCACCCGACUUAGUUCAAAGUUCCGUCCAACAACCAGAGAAACUACCUUCGAGAAAUAAAGCUUUAAAUACACCGAGUAAAGAACAAAAAAUAGAAGAACCCGCCCACGAAAUUGAAAGAAAAAAUAACAGUAAUGAUUAUCUUCCUACUCUCCAAUCAUCUAGUAUUUCUAGGAUACUUUCGGGUAGUAAUGGUAGGAAACAGGAUAUUCCGGAAAUUUUACUUAAACCACUGUCAACAAAAACACCUCAAAUAAAUAUACCAGCUGCAUCGACAACUCAAAGAUCAACGACAACUACUACAACUAUAAGAACAACCACAGGAUCAAUUAGAGCUGUAAGUUACCCAACGAUAUUAAAUUUACCAAAUACUAGGCGACAAGAAGAUCCACACAAAAGUGAUGAUGAAGAUGUCAAAGCGGAUCAAAUUGAAAUCGCUGGUGCUGAAAGACUGCCAUUCCCACAACCGCAACCGCCAGCACCGUCAAAAGUACCAGUCCACAGUGAUCACAAUGUACCACAAGUGGAUACACAUCCCCUGGAGUCAACCUGGAAAAUUGUUUGGUCUCUUCAUGUUUACGUUGCUGCAAUAAUGUUUACAUUAAUGGCGCUUUAUUCAAUCUACAAAAUAUUUCGAUUCAAUGAGGCUACAAAUCUUCUUACUCAGUCAUAUUUUUUGACAGUUCACCUACUAUUGACGACUGUCUGUACAUUAAGAUGUUUUCAUCUUUUUUACGAUGCCUACAAUCUCGAUAAAUCAUUUUCUGAGCCACUGUCUGAAGUGUUGAUGUAUCUACCAGCACCUCUACUAUCAACAGCAUUUGCUACGCUAGUCAUCUACUUGGCAAAAUGUUCCGAAGCACCAUCACUAAACAAUAAAUUCCUAUCACCAAUGGCUUUAGCACUCUGCUCAACAGUUCAUAUUGUUUUGUGUAUUUCUCUUCACGUGUCAACUCAUGUACUCGGUUAUCAAGGCGGAAUGAGAAUUUUUCCCCUGAUUUGUCAGUGCAUUUAUAUCGUCGUAUGUGUAACUCUUGGUCUAUGCUACAUGUAUGUAUACCGAGUGGUGCGGUUUCAGAUAAAUCUGACGAACAAUAAAUCAGUGGGUCCUCAUGUAGCAGGUGAUCCAGCUAUAAUAGUACUUGGUACAGCAAUAACCACAACGAUUGCCACAGCAUUGCUAUUCAUAUUAAUGGGAUUUGUUCAACUUUACGGUAUAUUUGGUGUUCAAGAACGUGAACUACCGUACCCUUGGCUUUGGUGGGGCUGGGAAUUCUCCGUUCGACUUCUUGAACUAUCUAUUUGUGGAUUACUUGCUUGGGUUGCAAGUCUCUCUCAGUAUCCAUUACGAGAGAAGCAAUUACAGCAGCAUUCAGCUCACUCAGGUUUUGCUUUAUUUCCCUGUGGCAGCUCAACAUCCACAGAGAAUAUGGAUGACGCGUUGUAUCCAGCAAUUUGCAGUACCAAUCAAGCUAUUCAAAACUACACGAUGAGAACUGGAAAACAGGUAUACGAUGAUAGUUUCCCAUUGAAUACUCUUCCUGAGCACCUGAAUAUUUCUGGCACAUUCGAACGACAUUCCAUUCGUAAAUCAGGUACUAUGGGACACUUUCCUCAUGAAGGAAGAAGUUCAUUGAGCCGGCAUGGCAAUGGAACACAAACUCUCAGAAGUUCUGAGACAAGAGGUAGACAUACUCCUAUUCAAGGUAAUUUAAAUGAACAACCACCAGCAUCUGGAUCAACAAUGCUUGUCGCUGAAGAUGGGUUCGUACGAUUUCGUAGUCUUGGUGCUGAAGAAGAAGAUCUUUCAGACUCACAAAGUAUUAUUGGUACUCAUGGAAGAGGUGGCAGUUCACUUGCUGGCAGUGUGAGGUAUAGUGCGAGGCAUACACCAGCACAUCAGCAUUCCCAUCAGCACCCGCACCAAUAUCCCCACCAACACUCGUUACAGCACACGCAUUCCAAUCAAGCCCAUCACCCGGCACACCACCAGAGCCAUCAUCAACUCUACAAUAAUACGUAGAAACUAUGUCGAGUGGCUCGCGUCGAAUGGCGUUCUCCAAAGCCGCUCGUUAACAAAUUGUUUCCUGCAAAAACGAGACACGUCAUUGUAAGAGCCGACAAUACAUCAGUGAGGACUUGUCCAUUAUCAAACCGAAGUUCGGUACUUAGGGAAAUAAUUUUAUAAUUGUAAGAUAUGCCCCAUGUAUAAACACCAGCCUUAGAUAUUUAACUAAACCCUUGCAAUGUCCCUGCGCCAAAAAUAACAAAUUUAAAAAUUUGUAGACUUUGUCAAGAUAAACAAACAAAUGAAAUGACAAAAAAACAAACGUAUAGCGCAACCUUGCCUAGACUUUCUUAUUAUAUAUAAACAAUUUUUAUGAUUGGAUAACGUAUAAAAGCUUCGAAUUUGGAUUACAAUCUUGGCAUUCGGUACUUAAUAACAAAAAAAAAAUAAAGUUCUUGUGAUUGAAUUAUUAUUAGAAUAAAACCAAUCUUGUCAACUUAUUAUAGUACUUUGAAAUUAAUUUAUUAUCUUCAGAUACCUUCAGAUGUAAGAUGUGCGUAGAUUAAAAAAAAAAAAAAAAAUCCAUUACUACACGUAAUAAUUCAUAAAGAAUUUAUCUCUCGCAAACCAAAAUGCAUACUAUCGGCUUACCCCCAGCCAAUAUUUUUAAAAAUAUUUACUCAUGCAUUAUAAUACAUACACAAUUUUUGAAUGCUUGAAGAAAAAGUAUUAAAACUAUUAUAAUAAAUAAUAAUUAUAAUUACAAUAAUCAUAAUAACGAUAAUAAUAAUAUUUACUAAUAAUGGUAACAAUAAUAAAAUCAUUCAUUUAAAUCUCAACGCAUCUUUCAUCUGAACUAUAUCUAUAAAUAUACGAAUGUACUUCUCAUUCGAAGUAAUUGCUAUACGAAAUAUU